GUCCUGCGGAAAGCGCUCCGGGCGGGGCGCGUGGAACUGAGGCGCUACGGACUGAGAGUUUGGCGUGGUGCAGUGUACCUAUGAUACAUGCUUUAGAAGCAGAACGUUUUUGUUCAAAGGAAAAAUGGCUCUCAGUCCAUCUGUAGUUCCUCAAGAAAGUGAAGAAAAUAAUGCAAACUAUGUAGAAACAAAACAGUCACAAACUGCUUCCAUUGCUUCAGAAGACCCCCUUCAGAACUUAUGCUUAGCAUCUCAGGAAGUGCUUCAUAAGGCUCAGCAAAGUGGGAGGUCACGGUGUCUCCAGUGUGGUGGCUCAAGGAUGUUUUACUGCUACACAUGCUGUGUCCCAGUGGAAAAUGUGCCCACUGAGCAGAUCCCAUUCGUGCAGCUUCCACUGAAGAUUGAUAUCAUUAAGCAUCCAAAUGAAACAGAUGGAAAAAGCACUGCUGUGCACGCAAAGCUCUUAGCACCCGACUCUGUGAACAUUUACACAUAUCCGUGCAUUCCAGAGUACGAAGGGAAGGAUCACGAGGUUGUACUUGUUUUUCCUGGGCCUCAGUCCAUCUCAAUAAAAGAAGUCUCUUUCCAUCUACAACAAAGGAUUGAAAGGAAAGGCAGAAACAAAGCUGAUGACCUUGAUGUGCCACCUUGUAAACUCAGGAGGACUAAGGCUGAGGAAGGCUGUGAUUUGAGUGAGAGCAUGUGCAAAGGUCCGGAGUUGAAAAGAGUUGUCUUUAUUGACAGCACCUGGAACCAGACAAACCAGAUCGCCUCUGACGAGCGGCUUCGGGAGUUAUUACAAGUUGAACUGAAAACAAGAAAAACUUGCUUUUGGCGCCAUCAGAAAGGAAAGCCAGAUACUUUCCUUUCCACAAUUGAAGCCAUUUAUUACUUCCUAGUAGACUACCAUAGUGCCGUGCGGAAAGAGAAGUACAGGGGACAGUAUGACAACCUUUUAUUCUUCUACUCUUUUAUGUACCGUUUGAUAAAGAAUGCCAGAGGCUCUGGAGAGAAGGCCAGGCCGAAGCUCAUGCAGUAGUUGUGUAUACCCCACAUGUCCUGUGCUCUGCCGAUGCUCACCAGCGAGCCUUGUUCACUCUGGGGCACUGAUCCUGUGUGAUGCCCAUGAGAGGACUCAGAGGACUCAAGAUCCCAGCCUUGUUCAUUUUAUCGUGUUUUUAUAAAGGAGAAUUUGAAUUUUGGCAAUUUUUAAGAGAUGAUCCUGAUUGAAAGACAUAGAUCAGAAGCUAUUUGCUCAUUUUGGGCAUAUCUCAUUAUACUAUACAUUUUUAAUAUGCUGUGUUACAUUUAUGUGGUUGUAAUUAUAUGUGAUUAAAGAGAAUCUUAUCUUUUCA